CUAGACGACUGCUGGAUGUCAGUUGAGCGUUGUCUGAUUUAAUGAAAAUGUUCAAGCUCAUUCUGGCCUUGUCGUGUGUCGUCAUCUUCUGUGGUAAGUUUUAAGUUAGUUUGAUGUAAGACUACAUGAGUGAAAGGUGAUGGUAAAGUGAAAACAAUAUUUAGAAUGUCAUUGGGAAUAGGCUUUUAAAAAAAACAAAACAAAACAAGCCACUUUGUUACACUUUGGUAAAAUUUUAUUAACAUCAUGCACUUAGAUUACAAUAUAUGAUAUGCCAGUAGGUUGUAAAUUCUGAGGUAUCAGAAAGAUGUCUGGCCGCUCAUUUUUAAGUACACAAUAUACACAUUCAAAUACGCCACUGACAAAGUGAAACAGCCGUAUCAAACACAAACAAACUGUUCUGUCUUUUCCUUUACGAUUCGUAGCUAUAUUAUGUAUGUCUUUUGGUACAGCUAAAACUGAAUGCACAACAAGACCAUUGCUUUUACAUCACCCGUUCAAAGCCAAAGUUCAGUACUCUCCUAUAUAGCAGUUAAGUGAAGAUCAUAACAAAACAUUAUGUGACAUUCAACAGCUUUCACGAUAGACGUCUGAAGAGCGUUCAGAGCAUAACUGAUACACAUGAUAUAAAACUGAUCAAAAUGUGUAGUUUGUUUUCCACACUUAGGAAGAGGUGCCACUGUUGGCUGAAUGCGCAAUGCAUAGACCAUGGACACAUGUUGUUUCCUUUACUUGCUGCCCGAAGAGAGGAUAAAGAUCCAAAGACGGCACAUAAUAAAUGUGUCAUAUUCAGUUCAAUUACUGUAUUAUUAAUUGGACACCUCGAAAAUUAUUAUUAGUUACCUUUAGUUUGAGAGUUCGCGACUGUUACGCCACACUAUUUUCUUUUCCAGAAUGCAAUAUCGUAAGAAGAGAUUACACCUGUGCUCAGUUGGAGGAAUGCGUCAAGCCUACUGGAUUGUUAAUUUUCUUUUUUAGGGAAAGAGAUUACGAACAAUUGUGCCAGUGAGUGAAAGAAAGACCUCUAAAUUCUUUUAUGAUUCAGUACAAUUUACCGCUUUUCACUAAAUUUUUUAAAAUAGUUACUACAUGAUUUUUUUUUGGUUGUUAUUGUAUUAAAUGCGUGCGUGUCUGGUAAUCUAGUUAAUAAUAACAUAUUUUUAAUAGAUAAAUAUCAGUCAUGUGAGUUAGAAAGCUGCAUACGUUCUUCACCGAUUUUCUAAAUAGCGGUGCUAAAGAGAGUCAAAUCCUGUAAAAGUUUUUAAAAAAUAGUUUGCGUUUUAUAAUAGUACAAACCUUAUUCACUUCAAAUUAUCAGGAUAUUUAUGAAAUUGAUAUAACCAAAAUAAUGUCAUUUAAAGUGAAUAUAGCGCAAUUUUGUAGAUAACAUUGGCCGGGUCUGUUCUACCCUCGUUCUCUAACUACUUUAUGUGGAUGGUUACCUCGUUCACUCUCACUCUCUCGUACUGCAACAAUCAGGUAAUAACACUUGGAUGGUUAGCCUUUCACUUCAAAGAUCUGCUAUACUUUUCACACUCAAAACUUUAGAACUCUGCUCUGACUGAGUCGAGUUGUCUCUCUCCUUCGAAACCAUAUUCUCAAGUCUUCCUUCUAUUAUACUCGUUUCAAGCGACGUUCUCGGCCGUCCUCCCUCAAUAGUUACAUCUCCUCUGAAUGGCCGAGUGUCCCAAAACCUCUAGCUUACAUCUAGACACGAUCAUACGAAAAACUCCCCACGGUUAUAGGAUUGCUACGUUAAUAGAGAUUAAAUUCUCCCAAACUAGAUCCUUUACACCAGGACGUCUAUUCCAUGUCGCUACCCUCUUAUUAACACCGAUCAAGUUUUGCUUGCUCUACCACGUUACUUAUUGAACUAACAUUACCCAGGGUCUGCAGAGACAUUCCUCAUUUAACAGUAAACUACAAAGUCAGUAAUAAAACUUAUUCAUGAUAUCCAUAGUCUUUUUUUUUUUGAUGUACCUUCUGUUGGCUAGGUUCCCAGGCUAUGUCUUUCCCGUCCUCACAUAAAGCAUCCUUAAAUUCAAAAAUCAACUCCUAACUCGCCUAUUGUAACGUUAUCCGGUCCCUGCCAUUUUCUUUCACUCGUACAUUCCUCGUCAUUUGUGACAAAAUGUAAAAACUGUGCUUGCAGCAUUCGUUAGUUAACUUGAUACGCGUGACAGACAGUUUGGUGCAUUUUGGUAAUUAGUCAGCCAUCGUACUAUGGGACUCUAACCCACGUCCCACCCAGACUAAACUAUCUAAUUAGUCAGUCAUCGUACUAUGGGACUCUAACCACCGUACCACCCAGACUGAACUAUCUAGUUAGUCAGUCAUCGUACUAUGGGACUCUAGCCUACAUACCACCCAAGCUGACGUCUAAUUAGUCAGCCAUCGUACCAUGGGACUCUAACCCACGUACCACCCAGGCUGAACUAUCUAAUUAGUCAGCCAUCGUACUAUGGGACUCUAGCCUACAUACCACCCAAGCUGACGUCUAAUUAGUCAGCCAUCGUACCAUGGGACUCUAACCCACGUACCACCCAGGCUGAACUAUCUAAUUAGUCAGCCAUCGUACUAUGGGACUCUAGCCUACAUACCACCCAAGCUGACGUCUAAUUAGUCAGUCAUCGUACUAUGGGUCUAUAACCCAUGUACCACCCAGGCUGAACUAUCUAAUUAGUCAGUCAUCGUACAAUAGGUGUCCCACCCAUGUAACACUCAAACUAAACUUGCAACAACAUUCUAACAAUGCAGAGCUCUUAUAAAGGUUGAAAGAUAACAAAACAAAACGAAACAGAAAGUUAUCUGUAGCUUAUUCUCUCAUUGUCGCUUUCCAGGGAGGUGGCUACAUUUAAAAAUUGCACUGAUGACUUCAGGCCCCUAUGCAAUGAUGACACAGUUAAUGAAGAGGUUGACAGUGCAUUGGUGGGUGGCGAACUCAUGUGUUCAGCUGAAGGAAGUCAAGGUUUGACAUGAGAGUCCUAUUUUUUUUAAAAUAUUAAAUAGUUGAGCAAACUCUUGAAAACUUUCUCUUAAAUAGUCUCGUAAAACUUUUCAAAGGAUUUUCAAAUAAUAAUACUCAUGCUAUUAGCUUUACACUAGUACAACAAUCUCACGUUCAUAUGGAAUAGAAUCAAACAGUUUUGUUCUUAAUGGUUCAAGUGUUUUGUCAUUUACAGUAAUCAGUGCUGCUGCUCAGUCAGAUUGUAUCACCAACGCCACUAAGAAAUUGGAGAUGGCCACAACAAUUAGAAAUUGUAUAACUUCCGCUGUUAUCAAUGCGUUUAUUACUGGAGCGCUCCCCGAGGAAGGUUACUUUUGCGGGUAAGAACACAUACUGUGUUAUACAAAACUACAACAAUUAUAGCACGCCAUUUUUAAUAUAAAAACAUCCUUGAAUAUAACACAAUAUUUAUACUAGAAUGAGCUUGGAUAUCCAAUUUAGCACCAAAGAAACAAAUUAAUUUAAAUUCUUUCGAAUUCUGAUAAAAACAAACUAUGAUAUUGAUUUUCUAUUAUUUUCAUUUUGCCGAGUUCAUCACAAGAGACGCCUCACAAGAAAGGAAAUAAUUUCUUUUUCGAAAAUAUAACAUAAAUUUCAAAUCUUAAAUUUUUUUUUUAAAUUUAAGAUUAUGUUUUCAUAACUUUUUUAGAGAUAAUAUGUAGCACAAGGGCAGGAAAAGGGGUAGGGUAGGCAGAAGAUUUAACAACUUAAAAACAGAAGACGUCUAAAGUAUUUCUCUAGCGAGAAGUCAGCCGUCAAUAAACUCCUGCAGUGACUAUAAUGUUAUAAAUAGUAAUCAUUUAGAAAAUGAGCAAGGUAAGAGUAUUAAAUAACGAAUAAAAAUACUUCUCAUAACUUCAUGAAGUUAGAAAAGUAGACUUCAUUACAUAGUUACUUCUUUUUUUAAAAAACGAAUUCUGAAGAAUUUUUGCAAUAGUAAGUAGAAAUUAUCGCAAAGUGGUUAUAAAUUGUUAUCCAGAUAACAUUCGGUCACAUAUUAUAGUUUAUAAUAUAAAACUACAAUUAAUAUGGCAAACAAUUCAUAACAUAAAACAUCAUUGAAAAAAAAAACAUACAAUUUAUACUAUGAAAACUUUCUUUAAAAAAGCACAUGUUUAACUAUCUAAAACUUCCUUGCAUAUAACAUUCAAUUUAUGGACAUUAAAUUGCAUUUACUAGACAUAAUGAUUUAUCCUUUUAAGCACUAAUUAAUUGAAUUCAUGAUUUAUAAUAUAAAUUAGCAAUGACUAUAACAAAUACUAUAUAACAUAAAACUAGCUUGAAUAUAUCAAACAAAUUAUCAUGCAAAAGUGCCUUAGCUAUGCAUAUAUAUCCAUCCCCUUUUAAAUUAAUAUAUAUUAGAACAUAGAAAAAAAAUUUGUAUUGAUUUUUGUUUUUAAUUUUAAAAUCUAAAUAGCUUGAAUGAGUUUAACAUUUAUUAAUGAAAAGACUAUUUUAAGUACUUGUGGUGCAUAUUCAGCCAUCUCCCAAAAAGACAUUUCUUGAUGCUACAUGUAUAUACUAAUUUUAUUAUACAAAAGAGUAUAACGUUCUUCAAAUUUACUCAGCUUCUUUGAGCAAGGUUUGACCUGCGCUACAAAUUACAUCAACGAAAACUGUGGUGCAAUCUUUGGCGCUUUCGUUCGUGAAUAUUACCUAAGGACAAUUUUGCCGUCGUACAAUUGUGAGCUGGUAGCGAGACAUGUCCGUAAGUUAGCCAGAAUUUGUAAGACACGAAUCAAAGUUAAAGGGUAUUCGUGAGACACGUGAAGACCUCAAUGUAAAAACCAUACAUGUCACCAAAUUUAAUUUUUGAAUUAUAUAUCUUAACCAAUUCACCCUAUAAAACACGGUAUCUAAUUUAAGGGUAUUUGCAAAGCAUGUAUCUAAGUUAAAGGGUAUAUGUAAAACAUGUAUGUAAAUUAACGAGUUUUUGUAAUGCAUUUUUUUGUAAGUUAAUUUUUUAUAACUUAAAAUAACAAUUGUCUAGACAAUGUAUCCCACAGAUAAAUUUUAUUUGUUUUUAAAAUUCCUAAAAGACAAUUUCCCAAUAAACUAAUUAGGAAGCGUUGGAAAUUGUUCAGAGUGAUAUAAAUUAAAAAGCAUACUAAAAUAACAUCAUUAAAAAGAAUCAGUUUUUUUUUAAACAUAUUAACGCCAGGACAGCAACAAUCCUGCCAUUUAUAUCAAUUUAAGUAAACCUUUAAAAGUCACAGAAUGUGUUAUUAAAGUCAACGUUAGUAUUAUAUUAAAGAUCUGUGAAAUAGACCCUUUAUUGUUAGAGAUUAAGUUAUUUCCUUUAAAAAUUAAAAAAAAAAAACAACAUCUUCUAAAAAUUUAAAUUCAAGUAUGUUUCAAAAUUCACCAGUUGACAACUGUACUCAAUAAUACCAGGGAAGGUUUUUUCAAAGGGGAGGGGGGCAAAACCAAAACUUAUUCCGCUUGUUAAUUUGUGUAUUACUCGAGCAAUAUCAGUACAUAGUAAUUUAAAUAAAGCCUACACAUUCCACCAUGCCCUACCCAAAUGAUGUCACUUUACCAGGCUGAUACCUUUUAAGUAUGACGAUGCAUUUCUUUCAUUAUUCCAUCAAACUUUCCUGGCAGUGGUUAGCCCGAAGAUGAGAUAUCACGAGUGAAACAUUCAUGAGAAUAAGAAAUUUUUUUAAAAAAUUUCAGAGCUAAUUUAGUAGCAUCUAUUUUCUGUCUUUAGUAUUACCUACAAAUUAUUUUUUUACUUAAAAAAUUAUGAAGACAUUAAUAUUAAAAUUAAAUAAAAGUAUCUUUACAAACAUUAUGUUGACAAACUUAGGUAAAAGAAUUUGGUGUUGACUUUAUAAAGGAUCGUUAACUAAAGUUAACAUUUAUUACAUCUGCUCUAUUUCAGGUCGUUUUGUUGACGCUUUCUGAGUGGACCGUUUCAUUUACAAUUACGCAUUAAACGUGGAUAAAAAAGCCCAGACAAACUAGUAACUAACAAAAUCUUAGGCUUGUCUUUAGUUAAAAUUUUAAUUAAGCUUUUUUUUUAAAUUUAUUAUUUUUUUUUUUUUAAUGUAAUUUUACCAUUUGAAGAUUUAAAAUA